UCGCUCAUAUAUCUACUUCUUGUUCUCACUUUUCUCUACCUCCCCCUCAAAAUUGCUUUUCUGAAUUGUAGAAACUGGAAGCCCAUGGCAUUGUCGUGAAGAAAUAAAGACACCCCAUCUCUCUCUUCCUUUUCUUUUGCAGAGGAGGAGGAGAUUUUUUACCCUUUCCUAUCUUGGUAUGUUUCAAUUCUGAACAGCGUAGACUCUCUGGAAUUUUGGGUUUUGUUCGCUUGAAAUGCUUUGGUGAACUGGAUUAUACAAUUGCAUAUUGACCACCAUGUUUCACCGUCGGGGCAAUUCUCAUCAGAAUCAGGAGGAGGAGUUACUGCAGCAUGAAUCUAAGGUCAAUGAGCUCAGGAAUGGAAUUGGGCCCAUAACAGGAUGCAGUUUACAAUAUUGCACUGAUGCGUGUUUGAGAAGAUAUCUGGAAGCUCGGAACUGGAAUGUAGACAAAGCGAGAAAAAUGCUGGAUGAGACACUUAAAUGGAGAUCGACUUAUAAGCCUGAAGAGAUUCGCUGGCAUGAGGUUGCUGUUGAAGGGGAAACUGGUAAAUUAUACAGAGCAAAUUUUCAUGACAGACAGGGAAGGACUGUACUUAUACUGAGGCCGGGAAAACAGAAUACAAAAUCAAUAGACAAUCAGCUCCGACAUUUGGUGCAUCUCAUAGAGAAUGCCAUACUUAACCUUCCAGAGGGCCAAGAACAAAUGGCAUGGUUGAUAGACUUCACUGGGUGGUCAAUAAGCAAUAGUGUGCCCAUCAAAACAGCUCGUGAUACUAUUAAUAUAUUACAGAACCACUAUCCUGAGAGGCUAGCCAUAGCAUUUCUCUAUAAUCCUCCACGAAUUUUUGAAGCAUUCUGGAAGAUUGUUAAAUAUUUCUUGGAUCCGAAAACAUUCCAGAAGGUGAAGUUUGUGUACCCUAAGAAUGUUGAUAGUGUUGAACUCAUGAGGUCAUAUUUUGAUGAUGAAAAUCUCCCAACUGAGUUUGGAGGAAAAGCCAUAUUGGAGUAUGAUCAUGAAGAGUUCUCAAGAUUAAUGGCUCAGGAUGAUAUCAAGACUGCUUCGUUCUGGGGAUUGGACGAUAAGCAUCAACCAGCUAAAAAUGGGCAUCAUGGCGCAGAGGUGGCUCCAGAGCCAAUGGCCUAGUACCCCCAGCUGUCUAGCUUCCCACCUUUGGUGAGUUAGUAUAAUGAAAGUAUAGACUCCACCAUAGUAUGUAACAUUUUGAACUUAGCCAGCUAGUGGAUUGUUAUGAUCUUUAAUUUUGCUGACAAAAGCUGUCAGCAAUGUUUCUGGGCUUCUAGCUAUAAUAAGAGAAACCAUCUUUUAUUCAA